AUGAAGGGAGUCGUCUUCGAGAAGCAGGGCGCUGAGCCCAAGGUUGGGAACAUCGAUGUCCCAAAGCCAGGACCAGAUCAGAUCUUGGCCAAGUCCAUCUAUGCGGCGAUGAAUCCAGUUGAUACAAUGAUCCCAAUGAUGGGUCUCCUCGUCCAAUCCUGGCCAGUCGGUCUUGGCUGCGAUGCUGCAGGCAUCGUCGUCGACGCGGGUAAAAAUGCCGCGAAGAAGCACGGCUUCAAGGCUGGAGACCACGUCUUUGGCUGCACUCGUCCAGGAGACAUCCGAUAUGCCACUGGCAACGAAUACUUCUUGAUGGAUGCGUUUGCUACGAUGCGCAAGCCUUCGAACAUCACAUUUGCUCAGGCUUCGACGUCCGGUUCCGCUCUUCAGACUUCUGCUCUGGGUCUGUUUGAGGGGUUGAAACUGGCGGUCCCAGACCCCAAGGCUGCACCUGCCGACCGCAAUGAGUGGGUUCUGAUCCUCGGCGGCUCUGGCAGUGUCGGGAGCGCUGGGCUGCAACUCGCUCGAGCAGCUGGGUACAACGUCAUCGCCUCCUCCUCGCCUAGAAAUUUCGACAAGGUCAAGGGCCUCGGUGCGAACGCAGUCUUCAAUUACGGAGACUCAAUCGAAGACCAGCUCAAGGCUGUCCAAGAAGCAACAGGCGGCAACAUCGGCCUCAUCUACGAUGCCACAUCCUCCGACGACCCAAAGAUCGCCAGAGAAGUCUUCAAGAACUCAUCGGCAAGUACAAAGCUCUUCGCCACGACCAAUGACUGGAGUGGUGUCCCUGAUUUUGAGGGUGGAAAGACGUAUGAGAUCCAUCUGGGUCGCCUGGGUCAAGAUACCGAGGAUGCGAAGCCGAUCAACGAGGCGGCCAUCAAGUACAACCCGAUCAUCCAGGAUCUGCUUGCUAGUGGCAGGGUCAAGACUCAGGACUAUGAGGAGAUCGGAACUGGUGGCUUCGAGGACGCCAUCAAGGCUUGGAAGCACAAGGGCGAUGGUCGUAAGGUGAUUGUGAAGAUUCAGGAUGAGUAG